AUGGUGGAAAACACUGUCAUUUCAACUCAUGACUUAUCUAUAGCAUCACCUUUCGAACAAAUCCAACCAUAUGCUCUUAAUAUAAGUCAAUUUUCUCAUCUCCCCGGUGAUGUUCUACUCAAUAUUGCCGAAUUUCUCGAUUUACGUUCUCUUAUCACCUUGAGAACUGUUUCUCGGCUUCUUUAUUUGACACUUCCUAACAAGACCGUUUUCAAUAAGAUUUAUUUAACUAAUAACGUGUCCCCAAUUCAAUUUGAUAAACUUUUGAUUUUUCUUGAAUCAAUAAAGGCAACGCAAUUUAUACGCCAAGUAACGUUUUAUGAAAUGACCAUUACGCAUGAAUCACUAAUUUCGGUAUUAACGCGUUGCGAGAACCUACGCCACAUUUCUGUCUACGGUGGCAAAAAUGUGAAGCUUCGUAAGAUCACUAAAAGUUUGGUCAAGUGGCAACAAGAGAAUUCCAAUGAUUCGCCAAAACUUGAGCAUUUCAAGUCUCUUGUUUUGACACGAUGUGUUGGAGGUCCUCGACGUAACUAUCCAGCUCAAAAAGUAAAUCAAGAUCUUCAGAUUCUUAAAAAGCACAUUAUCAAGCUUGCUGAAUGCGAUGAUCUUUCUUGUGAGCUAUGUACCAAGCGGUGUGAUCAUUGCGGUAUCCAGUAUCAAUUCUGGGACUAUUACUGGAUAACAUGUAGCUGGUGUAAAAAACGCAAUUUUUGCGGGGUGUGUGUCUAUAAUGUAUCUCAAAAUAAUGUAAAUGCCAGAAAUGGUUAUUUUAGAAUGUCCAUGUGUCAGAUGUUUGGCAUGCCUUGCUUUUGA